AUGGGGUGGCCAGCGGGGAGCUCUGGAAGACUCACUCUCGACAAAACAAGGAGCGCGCGGCAGGGGCGACACCCACCUCAUAGCACCUUCAGCAGUUCUGGACGGGUGCAGGUGACACCAUCCCAGGAGAAGGCUCAGAGUGCGGGGAUGGCAGGACCUGCCAAAGCCGGGGCCAGCUGGCGCUGUGUCCAGGUCAGAAGCCAGGCGGAUGCAGGGAUCGUCACGACUGGGUCACCAGGAGGGGCCGCGGCGCGAGCGGGGACGGACCCGGAUUCCCGGGCGGAGGCUAACCGGCGGCCGGAGGGACCGGGGCUGCCGGAGCGGCGACGAGCUCAGUGGGGAGCGUGCAGAGGCCCGUCGGAGCAGGCCGAGCGUGUGUGGAUGUCCGCGUCCCUGCGGACGCCCGUGGGCGACGGCGCCACUGCAGACGGGCCUCCCCCUGGCCGGGGCCUGGCCCGCCGCGGGAACCCACCUCGCUUCGUCCCGAGGCCCCGCCCCUGGGAGGUCGGCGAGUCGCAGUGA